AUGGCGAUUCAGUGGAAGACUACAUCAAGGAGUUUGAUAGGCUUGUCAUUGUGUGAAGUAACUGAAAAUGAAGAGCUCAAAAUGGGGCGUUUUGUAGCUGGGUUGGAUCAAGAGUUGCAAGACAAGCUUGAAGGUUACACUAACCUUACUUUUGUGGAAGCUUGUAAACUUAUGACCAAGUUUGAUGCUAGGAGGAAAAAGAAGAAAACGUCUACCACUACUCCAGUGGUGCGCAAACCACCCUUCACCUUGAAGGAGGGUUCUUCCUUAAGCAAGUCAAAUGAAGCACCUAAGAAAGACAAGAAAGACUUCAAACUUAGCGACAUUGUCUGUUACAAGUGUGGAGGUAGAGGACAUUUCAAAAAGGAUUGUCCUAAUUCAAGGGCCUUAACCAUGCAAGAGGUUAGGCUCAUAGCCACCCAAAACAUAAAUUAG